AUGCCAGAGCCAGGGGUUGAGGUGGAGUCAGAGUCAGAGCUGGAUUACCAGGAGUCAGGGACGGCAGAAGCAGAGCUGGUUCUGAGGCAGGAGCAAGGCUGGGUGCAGAACAGGGUCUGGGCUGGAGAUGUGGAGGAGCAGGAGCAGGCUCAGAGAGACAAGCUUAUGGAGGCACAGUCCCAUGGGUGUCAGGACCCUUCAAAGUUUUGCAAGAAAGCUGGAGAAAUUGCAACAGUUGAAUUCCGUGCUGAGGAAGACAUACAAGGAGAAACAAGUCCUGUAUCUAAGAAGUUUUCUCCACUACCCACUGAAAUGACAGAUUAUAUAAAGUCAGCUCCUCCUACUCUUGUUGGUAGCCGUGAUCCUGACUUGAAGGAUAGAGCACAAAUUAAUGGAGCAACAACUGUAACAGAAAAAUUGGCUCAACUUAUUGCAAUUUGCCCCCCCUCAAAGUCUUCCAAAACAAAGCAGAAGAAGCCAGGAAGUGGAACUCCAUCUGGGUUGGUUAAAAACUCUGGGAAGAAGCUACCAGGAACUGGAACUGCAGCUGGACUGGUUAACAAGGACUUAGUAAAGAAAUUGCCAGGAACUAGCAUUGCUGCUGGAUUGGUUAACAAGGACUCAGGGAAGAAGCCACUGGGGACUGGCACUGCAGCCAUAUUGGUUAACAAAGACUCUGGGAAGAAGCCACCAGGGAUUGGCUCUUUAGCUGGAUUAAUUAACAAGGACUCUGGAAAGAGGCCACCAGGGAUUGGCACUCCAUCUGGAUUAAUUAACAAGGACUCUGGGAAGAAACAACCAGUGACUAACUCUGUGGCUGGAUUAGUUAAUAAGGACUCUGUGAAGAAACCACCAGGGAUUGGCAACCCAACAGGAUUGGUUAACAAGGAGUUGGUCAAGAAGUCAUUGGGGAUUGGCACUCCAGUGGGAUUGGUUAACAAGGAGUCGGGGAAGAAGCUGCUGGGGAUUGGUACCCCAGUGGGAUUGGUAAACAAGGAUUCGGGGAAGAAGCUGCUGGGGAUUAGCACCCCAGCAGGAUUGAUUAACAAAGACUCUGGGAAGAAGCUGCUAGGGAUUGGCACCCCAGUGGGACUGGUUAACAAGGACUCUGGGAAGAAACUGCCGGGGAUUGGCACUUCAGCAGGAUUGAUGAACAAGGACUCUGGAAGUCUGAAAGCUGAUUCUCUCAGUCCUGCCUCGGAGCCCUUCAAGCUUUCUUGCAGUACAAACCUCAAUAAUCUUGAAAGCCAUGAGACAACAGAAUUAUUGAAAGAUAAUAUCAGCAGUAAAACUUUUGAGAAACAUAUUAUAAGACAGAAUAAAGACAAUAUCUUGGAAAAGAUUUCAUUUCGAAAAGAGGUUGCUGGUAUAGACAAAGAAAUAUUUAAUGAAGGAACCUGUAUUCAGCAGGACAGUUUCCAAUCCAAUGAAAAGGGGACUUAUGAAACAUCUAAGCAUGAAAAGCAGCUUCCAGUAUAUUGCACUUCACCAGACUUCAGAACAGGAGGAGCUUCAGAUGUAUCAACAGCAAAGUCCCCAUUUAGUGCUGUUGGAGAGGGAAACCUCCCAUCACCCUCACCCACAGUGUCUGUUACUACCUUAAACAGGAGCCCCACAGCAACUUCCUCUCAGUUAGCUUCAAAUCCAUCACAUAUAAGUACCACCACAACAGAUGUCUUAGAAGGAAUUUCUGAGCAGAUUGGGAAGACUCAGUUUUCUUCGGACAGUACACUUCUGAAUCUGAACAGGUCAUUGAAUCACAGUCUGAGCACUGAUUUUAAAGGUUUGGAUAAAGAAUUAAAUGAUUCAAAAGCCACACACACAGACACCACAAGAACUAGUCCCUCCAUAGGGAAAAAAACCAGUCUGGCAACUGAAUCAAAUGUUCAUGCUACCGUCACCUCUUCAGUGGUUAGCUUCACAAGUUUGUUUAAUACCAAACAGUUUCUAAAGAUUGGUGCAAUAACUGCAUCAGGGAAACCUUGCCAAGGAGCUGAGGACCUGAGUGCUACUCAGUCAAAAUCUUUAAAGAAAAAAAAGGAAGGAAACCACGAUGGACUAAAGUGGUGUCUAGAAACAUAUGUCAGCCUCCAAAGGGUCUAGAAUUAGAAAGGUCAGAGCUUUUUAAAAACAUUUCAUGCACUGCACUAUCAAACAGUGGUCUGGAGCAGGCUAAAUUCUUGAAAAAUAUAGGGUCAACUUCAUUUAUAGAGCAUGAAUUUGUCAAACAUCAGUUGCCAAAAC